AUGUCGGCUGCCGUCAGGGUUCUGGCUUUCCUGGCUUUUUUUGUCGUCGUCAGUGAAGCUCUUCACAAAAUCUCCCGUGAGUUUAUUUUUUUUUUCAAUAUUCGGAUUAGAAAUUCUUGUUUAGUUCACUUUGAUGAUGAAACAGACCCCAUCGAAGUAGAGCUGUACGACGAAAAGGAAUAUGAGAGUUUAUAUUUUGAAAAUAAUCGAAAAACCGCGGUGUUUUUUUAGGAAGACACCGCGAUUUUUUUGGAUGUUUUUCCGGAAUAUCGAAAUAUCAGAGCCUUCGAUCCAGAAAUUAAGCGCUUUUUUUCAUCAAAUAUCAAGUAACCUUGUUGAAAAUCCCUUUUCCUAGUUUCAAACUGAAUUUUUAUUUAGAUGAUGCACAAAGAGGAGCCGACUACGCCCUACUGGGACUUCAGAGAUAAACACCGAGACGCUUAUCGGAAAGAGUUGUUACAAAUCAUCAGAAACUUUCCGAAGGAUGACAAGGUCAGUUAUUAUUCUAUUUCUAAGGUGGUCCUCCGAAUGGCUCAUUUCGAGCCGCGACCGACCUGAAACGGUUUCCGUAGGGUGUUUUAAAAAACAACUUUUAAAAAAAGUUCUCAAAGUUCUCGUGACAAUUUCAGGGAAAAUACGUGUUUUAUCUCCGCGUACAGUUCGGGAUGAACGAACACUACCUGGAUUGGACCAUAUUUGAUUAA